AGGUGUAUAUAAGUGUUUUGUGGAAGUCUUUUAGUGUGUACGUUCUUCUGUUCGUAUGUUAGAUUAUGGAUGACAAAUACGCUGAAUGAAAGGGACGAGAGGUUAAGCCAUGCGGGAUGUAUGGGGUUUUGGGCUCUGUAUACUGUGGUGUUUGGCCACUAGAGCCCUAACGCUGGACCCUAAUUUGCAAAAUCUAAUGAUUGAAGGAGGCAAUAAUGAAUCAGGAGAAUACGUAAUUGUGUUCCCCGAAAGGAUAUAUACCUAUGGAGUGGGUACGGAGGAAUUUUCACAUUUCCAUAAAAGGAGCGUUCCGGACAAGUGGCAUAAACAAGUGGAUUACUCAAUCAAGUUUUCUAAAAAGGAUAUUAAAUUUAAGUUAUUACGUAACGAUGAUAUUGUGACACCGGGAAUAGUGGUGCAACACUUUAGAGGCAAUAAUACAUGGCUCGAUGAGCAGGGUUCUCAAAAUGGAUUAUCUUGUUUCUAUGAGGGCAGGGUCCACGGUAAUCAGAACUCCCGGGUUUUGGUAAACCUUUGCGAUGGAAUGAUGGGAACAUUUACUCUGGAUGGACAGAGCUAUCUAAUAAAGCCUUACUCGGCUGGAAUGAACAGCAGUGAUCAAAAUAACCAAAGUGCACAAUCCAUACCUCACUUAAUCUACUCAUUGAAACAUUCAAAAAAUCAUAACCAUAGUGAAACACACUGUUCUAUGAAUACAGAAAAUUAUAAACACAAGAGGAGGAAAAGGGAGGCAGCACAGAGUAUAGAACAGUUAUCCAAUAGUGAUAUAAAAGAUCUUAGUAAUAGACCAUCAUUGUAUAAUAAUUUAUAUUCAUUUUCGUCAUCCACUUGGCAUCAUCGUCGAAAACGCUCAGUGUCAUAUAAAAACUAUGUUGAGGUGAUGGUUGCUGCUGACCACACAAUGUACGAAUACCACAGGGAAGAUCUGCAAAAUUACAUCCUCAACUUAAUGGCAAUAGUGAACAGUAUUUACAGGAGCCAUACUAUUCAACAGUUCAUACACAUCAUCGUAGUAAAAAUUGUUGUCUUUCAAACAGAUGGGGAACCAAAAAUAACCCCUAACGCCGGUGAAACAUUGAAGAGAUUCUGUAAAUGGCAGUCUCGGAACAACGCUCCAGAGGGUAAUCAUCUGCAUUACGACACUGCAAUCCUUCUGACCAGACAAGAUAUAUGCCGAGCACCUGAAAAAUGUGAUACACUGGGUUUAGCCGAACUCGGUACGAUGUGCGACACUGAGCGAAGCUGCUCUGUUGUUGAGGACAACGGAAUCAGUGCAGCCUACACGAUAGCCCACGAGCUUGGACAUGUUUUCAAUUUACCACACGACGGUGAUGAGCCCUGCCGCAGACCCGCCUAUAACCGCGACCCCUCUGCCAAGACCCAUAUUAUGUCCCCUACCAUAGACAAGAAGACUGACCCAUGGUCUUGGUCUGAAUGUAGUGCAAAAAUGCUCGCAAAAUUCUUGGAUGCGGGCCUGGGCAAUUGUCUACACAACAAGCCAAAGAAUAAAAAGUAUCGCCAAAAAAUCAAGGAAAUCCAAAUCAAGAAAUCUGGUGCCAUUUAUGAUGUUGACAAACAGUGCGCGCUCAUGUUUGGACGAGGCCAUAGACACUGUCAGUUUCAGAAAAUGUGUUCAGAACUGUGGUGCACAAAUUUCAAUGGAUGUAAAACACAGCACAUGCCCAUGGCCGAUGGAACCAUAUGUGAUCACGGAAAAUGGUGCAUGAAAGGACAGUGUGUGAAAGCAAAACAGGAAAAAGCGGUGAAGGGUGGGUGGAGUAAAUGGUCACCGUACGGCAAAUGUUCCCGCUCCUGCGGUGGUGGCAUCAAACAUGCGACUCGAGAAUGCAACAAUCCCAUACCAAGUGGGGGUGGCCGCUACUGUACUGGCAAGAAAAUUAAGUAUCGUCAUUGCAAUACUGCUACGUGUCCAGUCACUGCUGAUGACUUCAGACUGGAGCAGUGUGCCGAGUACAACAGUCAGAUGCGUGCUUAUAACAUCCCUUAUGGCUCCAAGUGGAUCCCGAAAUAUGAUGGAAUUCAAGAGAAGGACUGGUGUAAGCUGUACUGCAAGGCGGAUUCCAACCCCUCCUACUUCUUCAUGCUUAGCAACAAGGUUGUCGAUGGGACCAAGUGUCGACCUGACGAUGAUGACAUCUGCGUCAGUGGCCAGUGUCGGCGAGCUGGUUGUGACAAUAAGCUGGGUUCAAACAUGAAGCGUGAUCGUUGUGGCGUGUGUGGUGGUGACAACGGCUCGUGUAAAACCAUCACUGGCACCUAUAACACCAUCCAGUCAGAUUACAACACGGUGACUGUGAUCCCUGCUGGUGCCACGAACAUCGACAUUCGGCAACAUGGCUAUGUGUAUGACCCCUCAAAGAAGGGAGACGAAAAUUAUCUUGUGCUGGUCAACUCUCAGAACGAGUACCUGUUUAACGGUCAGUACCUGAUAACACAAUACCCAAUGACAGUCAAGGUCAAGGGCGCCGCCCUGUUCUACACUGGGUCGGCUACAGUCGAGGAGAGAAUAAACUCCACUGGUACACUUGGAGAGAACCUCACUUUGCAGGUGUUGUCAGUGGGAGACCUGAACCCACCCGACAUCCAUUUCUCCUACACAAUGUCGCUGCGCAGUGACGAGGUACGGUUUUCCUGGAAGGAGGACACGGAAUGGACUGACUGUGAUGACAUCUGCAACGGUCGCAGGUACAGAAAGGUGAAAUGUGUGCGUGACGAUACCCACUCCCCUGUGUCUGAACAGAGAUGUGAAAAUGAACCCAAGCCUAACGUGGAAUCAGAAAGAUGCAAUCCAUUCUGCACAAUCAGCUGGAGAGUGUUAAGAGAUGACUGCUCGUCCAACUGUGGCCAAGGCAUAGCUAAGCAGUACGUAUCCUGUCUACUCACGACGAGACACAACACCACUGUAGUUGACAUGGAGCACUGCAUGAAACACACCUCAAUCAUUGGUCCACGGCCCCUAGAGCAGGUGACAUGCUUCGGGAAGUGCCUUGACACGCAGUGGAAGUAUUCAGCAUGGACUGAAUGCACAGCGACGUGUGGAGGGGGUGUCCAGAAACGCAGCUCCACCUGUGUGGACUCGCGGGGAUCAGAACUGAGCGAGUCCUACUGCAGUGCCAAGGAUCGUCUCCUGGAGCGGGAAUGUAAUGCUGACCCAUGUCCUGUGUGGAAGGUCCAUGACUGGACAGCUUGCUCCGUAACCUGUGGACGUGGCAGCCAUCACCGCAAGGUUACCUGCCACAUUGGUGACAAGGAGGUCAUUGAAACUCAGUGCGACCACAAACAGAAGCCAGCCAAUAAGCUGGAGUGUAACCUUGGUCAAUGUCCUGACUGGAUCGCUGAGGAGUGGGGGGAGUGCUCAACCUCUUGCGAGAUGGGAAUAGCCAUUCGAGGGGUGAGAUGUGUCACGACAGAAGGGAAGAUCUUGGAUGAUUUCCUGUGUGAUGCCACUCAAAGACCCCAUGAGACCAUGCCAUGCAACAUGGGUCCCUGUCCCACUUCUACUAUUGCUACUACAACAGAAAAAAUAGUAGUAACGAGGAGACUCUUGACUUAUUCAUGGUCGACUGGUGGUUGGUCGCAGUGUUCGGCUUCGUGUGGUGAAGGCGUUAAGCAGCGUUAUGUGACAUGCAUGGACAGUACAGGCGCCAAGGCUGACCCCUCCGACUGCGACCUAGAAUCGAAACCCACAGACAAUGCGUCAUGUCUGAACCGGGCGUGUGGAUACUGGCGCAUGGGAGAAUGGAGCAAGUGUUCCAAGACCUGCAGUGCUGGCACACAGACCCGAGUUGUAGUCUGCACGCUACUAGAGCGACAGACGGCGGAGGAAGUUCACUGCGACCUUGAUGUGAAACCAGAGUCUGAGCGGGCGUGUGUACUAGAGGAAUGCUCACCUGAGGACUUAGAAAUCGGAAUAAUCGUUUCCAAUACGGUUGUCGGAAUCAGCCAUUGGAGAAUUGGGCCGUGGAGCGCUUGUUCGGCUUCAUGCGGGACGGGCUGGCAGCGACGUCUGGUUCAGUGUCAUGACGAAAAGGGGCCAAGUGAGAACUGUGCUGAUAACCAGAAACCAGAGGGUAGUCAGUCAUGUGACACCGGCCCUUGCCCCACCUGGGUGAAAGGGGAGUGGUCUCAGUGCUCCAAAUCCUGUGGAGACAUGGGCAUGCAGAAACGAACUGUAGUCUGCCAAUCGUCGGAUGGUGCCACCCUUCCUGAAUCAAGCUGUGACAUUUUUAACCGCCCGCCGGAUACCGGCAUAUGCAACAAUGGUGCCUGUUCUAAAAGGCGAACCUGGCAAGUGGGACCGUGGGCUCCGUGCUCUGUAACCUGUGGCACCGGUUCAUCGCAACGUGAGGUCAUCUGCGUGUCUGAAUCUGGGAUCCCGCAUCCAUCGUCUGAGUGUGAUGAUCAAAAACCUAGGAACACUAAACGAUGUACAAAGACACCAUGUCCAUCCUGGGCCUAUACCAAAUGGGGAAAGUGUUCCACUUCCUGUGGUACAGGUACCCAGCACAGGCAGGUUGUGUGUCGUGUGGGAAGCCGUGACAUUGUACCUCAUGACCUGUGUCUCAACGCCAAGCGACCUAAGGCAGAGAAGAAGUGCAACCAGCGACCCUGCUCGGACUACAUGUGGAAGGCCAUGGAAUGGUCUAAUUGUACAAAAGACUGUGGUUUCGGAAUGAAGACAAGAGAGGUCAUUUGCACUAACAUAGAAAAUGAACCAGUCAAUAGUAGCCUGUGUGAUGUAGAAAAACGUCCAAAAGACCGAAGACGAUGUAGCGAGUUUCCUUGCCCAUUCAUGUGGAACACUAGCCCGUGGUCGGAAUGUUCUGCAUCCUGCGGAGAAGGCAGCCAAUCUCGUCGGGCAGUGUGUCAGGCGGUGACAAAAGAAGGAUGGAUUCUUCCAGGGGAGGUCCCGUACGGGUGCAAGAUCUCUGACAGGCCCCCCGAGUCACAGAUCUGCAACCACGGACCAUGUCAGGCCCGUUACAAGUGGGUCGUCGCCCCAUGGGGAGAGUGCUCUACACGAUGUGGCCAUGGCGUGGAGAGACGUCUGGUACAGUGUGUUGACCCCACGGGAAAAAAGAAAACAAAAAAAUUAUGUUCCAAGGCCCAUCGACCUGAUGGCCGUAGACCCUGUUAUAAUGGACCAUGCUAUGCAAGAUCAUGUAAACAACUCAAAGAGGAGACUUCAAUACGUCAAGAUGGCAGUUAUAAGCUAUUUGUGCGUGGGCGACUUUUAGAGAUAUACUGUAAAAAUAUGCGGGACAAGUUUCCAGAAGAAUUCCUGACUUUACCAGCAGGGGACGUGGAGAACUUCUCAGAAAUCUAUCCAUUCAGAUUAAAGCGACGUCGCACCUGCCCUAACAAUGGGACCCGGCCAGAGGCCUGCACCGAGUGUCGUGACCGGCCCUACCAGAACGCGGGCAAGACGUCUUACUCCAAAGUGAAGAUUGAUCUACUUACUCUGCAGCUACAAGUGACAGACCAAAGUUUCUCAACAUCCAUCAAUGGAAAACACAUUCCACUCGGCACGGCGGGCGACUGUUACAGCAGUGGCGACUGUCCACAGGGGCGCUUCCUCAUCAACCUCUCAGGAACUGGGCUGGCUGUUACCCACAACACCACGUGGGUCACACAGGGCAAGAACUCCUCUCAGCGCAUUGAACGAAUUCAGGAUGGUGAGAUCGUGCAAGGCUGGUGUGGGGGUCUCUGUGGCUGGUGCUCGCCUCAGACUGGUAUACAGCUCACCGUACUCUCCUAGUUGUUCUCCUGGGGGCGGGCCUUGGAGCGGGAAAUAUCGUGCAACCAGUCCAAGAUGAUUGGGGAAUUGUUGUCACACUACCGCAGAAAAGCGUCUUUCAUUUUUGUUUUUCUUUGAGAUUAUCAACUCAGUUUUUGUAUGUACAUUGCAGCUGUCUGGGGAACUGCCCAUUGUAAAUACCACAUUGUUCCAGGCCAUCUUCCUGUUGUGUUGUUAUUGAAUUGUUUUAUUUUGGAGAUGAACUUUUUGACUAUGUCCUCGGUUUUAUUUAUACGUGUGUGUUAUUGUUUGGCGAUUGUGUUUGUUUAGAUCAUGGAUUGUAAUUGUACCAAAAUGACUGUUAUUGAGAUAAACUUUUGAGUUUGUACUUUGUAGUGCCUGUUUAUUUAUAUCAAAAUGUGUCUGAGUUUAUUCUGUUUAUUAUUCAUAUUACAUAAUUUAUUUAUUGCUUACAGUUGUAUAUAUAACAUAAGUAUUGGCUUAACAACAUGCAAUUUUUAAAAUAAAUAUUUGUUUGUCUAAAUUUAUUUUACUCUUGCAUGUGUUAUAUUUAUUUAAUUGAAUUUACCUAAAUUUGCGAAUAUUUUUUCUUAGAUUGGAUUUUGAAUGAAUGGGAAUGUUUUGUGUUCAUAAUUCGGUAAAUGCGUGUCAGUGUAUGUUUUGAUUGAUUAAAUAU